CGGAGGUGCUGCGGCCCGGGGGCCGGGUGGUGAAUGGGCUGGUGGUGCUCGCUGCUGCUGCUGAGAGGAGGAGGAGGAGGAGGAUGAAGAGUUGGGCUUGUUUGUCUCCCACAGUUUCUCUCCUGCUGCUCUGAGUGCCCCCACCCCAUUCCGGCCCGGGGCUUGUGUGUCUCUCCUGGAGGAGAAGGAGGAUCCAGUUCCUCCCCCCACCCCCUCCUCCCCACCCCCCCUUGCCUGGGGAAGAGGAGGAAAGAAACAGCCCAGAGAGAGAGAGAGAGUGAGUGAGAGAGAGAGAGAGAGAGAGAGAGAGAGAGAGAGAGGGGGGGAGAGGAGAGGAGGAGGAGGAGGAGGGAGAAGGGAACAACCUACCAUCUUAACACACUAAUAUCUAAAAAGUGCGAGAGGCCCAGAGCAGCAGCAGAAGCAGCAGCAGCAGCUCCAGCUUCUUCCCUCCCUCCCCAUGAAGAAGAGUUCCCUCCUCCUCCUCCUCCUGCUUCUCCUGCUCAGAGUUCCUGCCUCCAGCUGCCAGGGGGGACAGCCAGCCAGCAGCAGGAGGGGAGCAAGAGAGCUGAAGGAGAGCUAGUUUCCCUAAAAUUGGUUUCUUUACUGCAGGACUUCUCAGAACCUUUAAUAUGCUAAUGUGCAUUGUGAAUCUCCAAGAGGGGGAUAUGAUAUGCAGCAUUCUUGAAUACUUCUAAUGACAGGGAGCCCACUACCUCAUAAGCUUCAGUGAGAAGAGGCAUUUGUUAUUUUAAACGGAGGCUGAAGAAACUAUAGAAUUAGCAGACAUAAAAGAAAGUGGAGAAGGUAGAGGAUGGAGUUGCAGACUCUACAGGAGGCUCUUAAAGUGGAAAUUCAGGUUCACCAGAAACUGGUUGCUCAAAUGAAGCAGGACCCACAGAUAUUUUUUCUUUCCAAUCAGAAUGCUGAUUUAAAGAAACAGCUUCAUGAACUCCAAGCCAAAAUCACAGCUUUGAGUGAGAAACAGAAAAGAGUAGUUGAACAGCUACGGAAGAACCUGAUAGUAAAGCAGGAACAACCAGACAAGUUCCAAAUACAGCCGUUGCCACAGUCUGAAAACAAACUACAAACAGCACAGCAGCAGCCACUCCAGCAGCUCCAGCAGCAGCAGCAGUACCACCACCACCACGCCCAGUCGGCGGCGCCCUCUCCCAGCCUGACCGCUUCCCAGAAGACUGUAACUACAGCUUCUAUGAUUACCACAAAGACACUACCUCUCGUCUUGAAAGCAGCAACUGCGACCAUGCCUGCCUCUGUUGUGGGCCAGAGACCUACCAUUGCUAUGGUGACCGCCAUCAACAGUCAGAAGGCUGUGCUCAGCACUGAUGUGCAGAACACACCAGUCAACCUCCAGACGUCUAGUAAGGUCACUGGGCCUGGGGCAGAGGCUGUCCAAAUUGUGGCAAAAAACACAGUCACUCUGCAGGUUCAGGCAACACCUCCUCAGCCCAUCAAAGUACCACAGUUUAUCCCCCCUCCUAGACUCACUCCACGUCCAAAUUUUCUUCCACAGGUUCGACCCAAGCCUGUGGCCCAGAAUAACAUUCCUAUUGCCCCAGCACCUCCUCCCAUGCUUGCAGCUCCUCAGCUUAUCCAGAGGCCCGUCAUGCUGACCAAGUUCACCCCCACGACCCUCCCUACCUCCCAGAAUUCCAUCCACCCCGUCCGUGUCGUCAAUGGGCAGACUGCAACCAUAGCCAAAACGUUCCCCAUGGCCCAGCUCACCAGCAUUGUGAUAGCUACUCCAGGGACCAGACUCGCUGGACCUCAAACUGUACAGCUUAGCAAGCCAAGCCUUGAAAAACAGACAAUUAAAUCCCACACAGAAACAGAUGAGAAACCAACAGAGAGCCGCACCAUCACUCCACCUGCUGCACCCAAACCAAAACGGGAGGAGAACCCUCAGAAACUCGCCUUCAUGGUGUCUCUAGGGUUGGUAACACAUGACCAUCUAGAAGAAAUCCAAAGCAAGAGGCAAGAGCGAAAAAGAAGAACAACGGCAAAUCCAGUGUACAGCGGAGCGGUCUUUGAGCCAGAGCGUAAGAAGAGUGCAGUCACAUACCUGAACAGUACAAUGCAUCCUGGGACCCGGAAGAGAGGUCGUCCUCCAAAAUACAAUGCAGUGCUGGGGUUUGGAGCCCUUACCCCAACAUCCCCCCCAUCCAGUCAUCCUGACUCCCCUGAAAAUGAAAAGACAGAGACCACAUUCACUUUCCCCGCUCCUGUGCAGCCUGUGUCCCUGCCCAGCCCCACCUCCACAGACGGUGAUAUUCAUGAGGAUUUUUGCAGCGUUUGCAGAAAAAGCGGCCAGUUACUGAUGUGUGACACGUGUUCCCGUGUGUAUCAUCUGGACUGCUUAGACCCUCCUCUGAAAACGAUUCCCAAGGGCAUGUGGAUCUGUCCCAGAUGUCAGGACCAGAUGCUGAAGAAGGAAGAAGCAAUUCCGUGGCCCGGAACUCUAGCAAUUGUUCAUUCCUAUAUCGCCUACAAAGCAGCAAAAGAAGAAGAAAAACAGAAGUUACUUAAAUGGAGUUCAGAUUUAAAACAAGAACGAGAACAACUAGAGCAGAAGGUGAAACAGCUCAGCAAUUCUAUAAGUAAAUGCAUGGAAAUGAAGAACACCAUCCUGGCCCGGCAGAAGGAGAUGCACAGCUCCCUGGAGAAGGUAAAGCAGCUGAUCCGCCUCAUCCACGGCAUCGACCUCUCCAAACCCGUAGACUCUGAGGCCGCUGUGGGGGCCCUCUCCAAUGGCCCGGACUGCACACCCCCUGCCAGCGCCACCCCCUCCACGCCGGCCCCCUCCCCCUCCUCCCAGAGCUGCACAGUGAACUGUAACCAGGGGGAAGAGACUAAAUAACAGACCCCUCGAGGAGAAGCCACGGGAUCCCGGCGGCCAGGAGAGCAAAACACUGAAGACUCUAGAAAAGCAAAGCCGGAUUUCUUCUGGAAAGUACAGAAUUCUUUUGGUUCUUUGGUUCCAGAGAGAGAGAAGAUGCUUGUGCCAGGUGGCACCAGAGUUUGCCAAUUGAUCCUUCUUAUUCUGUGUGUACAUGCAAAGGUUGGACCAUGUUACAUGAAAUAGUGCCAGCUGGAGGUUCUUUGCCAGCACCAUGCCAAGUGAAAUAAUAUAUUUACUCUCUCUAUUAUACACCAGUGUGUGCCUGCAGCAGCCUCCACAGCCACGAUGGGGUCAUUUUUAUUUUGUUGGGCGGGGAGCCGGGACGGGCAGAGGGAGGAGAGCAGGUUUCAGAUCCUUAUUUGCAGAGCCGUUUGUUUAGGUAGAGAAGACAAGUCCAAAGAGUGUGUGGGCUUUCCUGUUUCUAAACUUUCAUUACUAUAAAACCAAAAAAAAGGAAAUCAAGAUUUAACCAACCCCAGUGCCCAGAGGAGGGAUGGGGAGGGGAUGGGAGGGAGCCGGGGUGGGAAAGUAUAUCAAAUAAGCAGUAUUUCCUAUUGUCUGGGGUCGGGCACAGUGCACAGAGAGAUGGACACCAAGAACGGCCGCCGGGGUCCUCUCCUGAGCACUCCGCUCCCCGCCGUGGGCGCCCCCACCCCUCCGCGAGUUCCUUCCCCGCUGUGGCAAAUUGGCGCGCAUCUCUGUGGACGAUCCCGGUUCCCUUCCCUCUCCAAAAACAGCAGAGCGGCCUCGGCUGGCCCUUCCCCGGGGCAGGGAAGGAGGGUGUGUGUGUCGAGGAAGGAAAAACGGUGGAUCAGUGAUUUUACUUGAAAACAAGCUCCAUCCCUUUUCUAUAUUUAUAAGAGAAGAACCUGAGCAAAGCAGCACGCGACCCAAGUGUGUGUGAACUGAAUGGAGACGUUUCCUUUCUCUUUUUUUUAUUUUUGUUUUUAUUCUUUUUUCUUUAAAAAAGGUUUUAUUUUGUUGUUUAUUUUACUUUUUUGGUAACAAAAACUAAAAUAAGGAAUAGAAGAGCUGUCUUUCAGGCUGACCGUCCAGUGGAGGGCAGUCGGGGCCUUGCAUGGUAGAAUAGGAGUCCCAGUGUCAGUGCGGUCCAGUGAGUCUGUGUGAGUCCUUGUGCCAUCGUCCGGGGCACUGUUUUUUUAUGCAAGGGCAAAAAUCUUUGUAUCUGGGGAAAACAACAACAACAACUUUUUUUUUAAUUAAAAAAGAAAAUAAAAGAUAUUGAGGUCUUCCUAGUGUUACUUAAAUUAAGAUCAAGGUAAGAAACAUUGUAAAAAAAAAAAUUACAAAAGUGCUAUUUGUUUCCUAAAAACAGUGAUUUCUAUUAAAAAGGUGUCAGAACUGGAGAAAACGCUGUGUAGUUAUACUUUUUUAGCACAGAACCUGCUGAUCAUGAUGACAUUUUGCUGUGUUUGUGUCUCAAGACUGGUGGGCUAGUCUCCGUGAUUCUGUGGCCCUAGGGGCAGGGGCAGAACUCCCCCACCGUUCUCCCCUCCUCAGAAAAGACUGUCCCCUCUUCUUGGUGCAGGGGUCCGGGCUCGUGUUCUUGAAGCCCAAAUGGAGUGUGGACGUUAUCAGGGCCCUACCCGUUGUCUCCAAGGAUUUUGCUAGAGCAAAAGGCUGGUGCCUCAAUAAGAUCCCUUCCUUUGGUGCUGCUCUCGGUCUUUCAGCCACCAGCAUUAGGAGUGCCUGGGCGACAACUUGGAAGGGAAGGGCCAGUGAAGCUCAUGGAUGCGGCAGGAGGGUACAGGGGGCAGGCUGGCUGCAGCAGUGGUUGGUGCUUAGAAAGAACGAGGGAGGACUGAGAUGGCUGGAGGGUGCAUGGUGUCUCGGACAGAGAGCCCCAGGGCAGCCUUUGUGUCUGUCUUGCCUUUGAGGAGAGGUCUGAAUCUCCAGCUGCUUUCUCUGCCUGCUGGCUCCAGGCCCCAGAGAUGGAGUUGACUCUGCUCUGCCCACCCAUGAGGUUCCUGGGUGGCCUUCAGCUAGAAUCACUGUGCUUGCCUUGGCUUAGCCCGUCUCCUUCUUGAGAGAACCAGGGUUCUGAAAGGCUCGGACCAUUUCUAUCAUCUUGCCUUGUGAGAAAUAAGUCUUGUGAGGUGUGUGGUCCCGCUGGAGAUCUUUGCCCCUGGCGCGUGCGUGGCCCACAGGAGGGAGGCAGAAGCUCUGCUCCCCAGCCCUCCCAGAGCCUCUCUCUCAAGCCCCCCGUGCCCUGUAAUGGUCAGAGUCUGGGGCGGGGCAACAAAGGUCCCAUUAGUCUCUCCCUCACCCAGUUAGGCCAGAGGGACAAAGACGGAUCCUGAGAGCAACUGCGGCAGAGAGAGAUGCUUCUUAGGUAACAUUUGUGCCCCUUCCCCAGGAUGUUAGAAGAGGGGACGGAGAGUGACUGCACAGGCCUUAGAGUCAUGCCUGGCUGCCAGGUUGCCUGAGGAGGACAGAGAGGAGCUCCCUUGCCUAAUGCAGAAACCAAGGUGCUAUGUCUAGUCAGGGAACCGUGGAGGUGCCUGGACUAGUCGGAGGAAUGGCUGGCGGAGGUUCAGAGCCCAGCACCGGGCUGUCCGCCCUGUCGUAGAGCUCUCCCAUCCAGACUUGUCUGGGCCGGAGGCCGGGAGUUGCCACACACUAUCCAUCUCUCCUUAAAAGAAGUUGGGAAAAGAUCAUCACUAGAGGCCUUUGCUCAGAAAGGAGCUUGCUGAGGAUUCUCGGGGGAGGGGCACAAGGCUAGGAAUUGACCCGUGUUUCGCCUGGUGCUGUGAGCGGUCACAUUCUGACCUUGCCUAGGGUUGAGAUUUGGAUUCUUCCUAAUGUUCAGAUACGAGCUGUUUUGCAAGUCAGUCAGUAUGGAGUACAGAAUGCAACCCUGCCCCCAAACCCGCAUUCUGGACUCAAAUUCCAGAAUACUUCUUACUGCCAAGAAAAGACCUGGUCACCCAGUCUCCUUUUCCCUCACUGUCCUGCUGAGAGAACCCUCUGUCCCCCCAGAACUGUGGGUGCCUGUGACCGCCUGAGACACACACUCACGACUGCCCCACCCCAGCUGCCUCCCCCCGCCCCCACUCCUUCCCUUCUGCUGCUCUUUCCCCAUGCCGGAGCCGCUGACAGACCCCUCAGAGGCCAGGGAGCUGCUGGUCUGGGACUGGGAAGAGGCUGUCCACCAGCCCUGGAUUAGGAGGCCCCUUGUCAGUCCUGAGGCUCUGGCACCGUGCCCUGGAACCAGUGAGGUCACAUUGCCGUCAUCUUCCCGUAGCUGUCAUCUUCCCACUCACGUUCUUGCCAGUGCUGCCUGCAGGCCCUUUUUCCUUCGUGGAGCCUGCUGGGUCUUGUCCCACCUCCGCUGAGCGCAUCUGGAGUUCUGCUCUCUUCUUUCCUUACCAGGCCCUUUGGGGCAGGCCUGCUGGGUGUGCCUGGUAGGGAGACCCAGCUGGGGGCAGCCCCUGCCGGGGCCUUACCUGUGUAGUACUGCAACGUGGCCCCCGCGGCCUCCCGCUGGCACCGUCUGAGUGCCUGGUUUCUGCAGGGCCUGCCUCUGUCCCUGCUGCUUCGGGGCGCAGGCCCAGCAGGCAGCAGGCAUGGGCACGAUUGCUCCCCCACGCCUCUCCCGUGAGUGGGGGUGACCGUGGUUCCCACUCUCCUGUCUCCGCCUGUACAGUUGCCUCUCCGGCCAUCUGUGACCCAUCUUCUCGGGGCCGGCAGAGCCUCCGUGGGCCCUCACGCUCAACUCACACACACACUUAGUGGUCCCUCCCUUCACUCCCUUUUAGGGUGUGGUCUUUCUAUCUUAUUUAUCCAAAGGGCUUAAUUUAGGAGACUUCUACCCCAGGGGCUACAGGCUCUUUGGAUGGUUGGGGGCCCAGGUGCAUUGUCCAGGCCCCAGGUUCUCCAGAUUCCCUUGCUUUUGCUGCAUGGAGGCCACUUGGCUCCAUGUAAACGACAGCGGGCCUCACCCCCACCCCUCAGCUGGGCACCCUUGGCAAGAAACAGGAGACCCAUUCUCUCCCUGACUUACAGCCUGUUCUCAGUGUCAGCUCCUCUCCAAGGGAGGGGGUGGCCCCUGGGAGGAUUCUUCUGGUCCUCCCCACGAGUGAAAGGGAGGAGGCUGGAGGUUACCCCCUCUAGAGAGCCGGGGUGGAACUCUUCAAAACAGCCCUUGUAGAGGGAGGGUAGGGCUCACAAAUGCCACUUGCUCCCCCUCCCACAAGGCCCUGCUCCCCGAGGACCCCACCGUCCCCCACAGCAGCCUUGGGCCCCUGCACCUCUCUCCAGUGUUGUUGGGUCCUUAGCCCAGGGUAAGCUGCGGUCAGGCAGGACAGGACGGGCAGCCAGGGGUCAGCGAGCGCCGAGCAGAAAAGAGCCAGCCCGCCCCCAAUCCUGUCUCUUGUCCACGCCCUUUGUGAUUUCAGUCUUGGUAGAACUUGUAUUUGGAGUUUUGUGCUUCAAAGUUUUUGUUUUUGUUCGUUUGAUUUUUGUUUUGAGGGGGUGGGGGGGAUACAGAGCAGCUGAUCAAUUUGUAUUUAUUUAUUUUAACAUUUUACUAAAUAAAGCCAAAUAAAGUC